AAGAUUGAUUUGAGUGUUGGGGAAUCAAAGGAGGGCAACGAUGAGUUUUGAUUUGUUUAUGCAUGUUGGUGGAUAUUGGUCAGCUGAGGACCAAUAUCUUGGAGGAGAGAGACAUAAAGUGGGUUUGGUAUCAGCUGAAUCAUUCAGCUUACGUAUGAUUCUGGUGCUUCUUUCGGAACUCCUCGAGUAUGAAGACAACAUGAAGAAAGUGUCUUGGUUUCCACUUGAAACGCCUGGUAAGAAAGAAGAUAUUGAUAACGAUGAAGUGUUGAAGAAAGCGGUUCAUUAUGCAGUUGGAGCUGGUGCAUUAACCUUAUUUAUUGUUCGGGAAGAUGAUCCUUAUAUAGGUAGGCACAUUGAUACUAAUGCGUUGAGGUAUUUGUCAGACGAUGAAGCAUUGGUUGAUGGUGAAGUUAGUGGUGGUAGUGGCUCUGAGUCAGAUGAUGAAGUUCAGUUUGAAGAUAUUGUUUACAGCGAUAGUGAUGAUGACAGUCCACAUGUUGAGGUAGAUGAGAGCAAGUAUCGAAAGUUUUGUAUUGGUGAUGAGUACAAUACAAUUGAUUCCUUUAAAAGAGCUGUUACGAGAUAUGCUGUGAAGAAGAGGAGGGACAUCAAAUAUGAGAAGUCAGAUGGCAAACGUGUAGUUGCUAUUUGCUCUGGAAAGAAAUGCCCUUGGAGGAUUUCAGCAACUAUCAACAGCAGUUCUAAUAGAGUAGUAAUCAGAUCGUUAAAUGAUGAGCAUAAUUGUACUUGGCAAGGGGUCGUGUCAUUGCUGACUAACUCUCGGAUUGCUGAUCUCUACAUAGAAGAAUUCAGACUAAAUCCAGAGUUCUCAGCAAAUCAAUUACAACAGAAGCUUCUUAGACGCAACAUCAAUGUGCCUUGGACAAUUUGUGAGAGGACACGGCUGAAAUGUCUUAAGACAUUUGAUGAAGAGCAAGAAGAGUCUUUUGCUAGGUUAUUCGAUUAUGUUGCUGAGCUGAAGAGAAGCAAUAUUGGAUCCACAGUUGAAUGUGAGGUAAGGGAAAGUAGGUUCCAUAGGUUUUAUGUGUGCUUUGCUGCUUUAAAAAAUGGGUGGAAGAGAGCAUGUCGAAAGAUCCUCCAUCUAGAUGGAACAUUUCUGAAGUGGAGAAUGACAGGAAUGUUAUUAGUUGCAUGUGGAAGAGAUCCCAAUGAUCAGAUGUUUCCUGUAGCUUGGGCGAUUGUGGAUUGUGAGAAUACGCCAAACUGGUUGUGGUUCCUUGAACAUUUGGUUGAUGACUUGGGUUUAGAGUUGGGAAAUGGACUAACACUAGGUAGUGAUCAGCAAAAAGGAUUGAUUGCAGCAGUGAAGGUGGUAUUGCCUUAUGCUGAACACAGGAUGUGUGCAAGGCAUGUUUAUGCCAACUGGAAGAAGAAGUAUGCUGGAGCAGAAUAUGAGGACAUGUUCUGGGCUGCUGCAGACUCUUACUAUCCACAACAAUUUGAUAGAAAGAUGCAAGAGCUGAAAGAGUAUGAUCCUGCUGCUUUUAAUGACUUGAAGAUUUCUCUUUUUUGUCCAUGGUCAAGGGCUUAUUUUACAGAGUUCUCAAAGUGUGCUGCUGUAGAAAACAAUCUUGGAGAGUCAUUCAAUGCAGCAAUCCGGAUAGCAAGAAGUAAACCGGUUGUUGAGAUGCUGGAAGAAAUAAGAAAAAGGGUUAUGGUGAGCAAUGAAAAGAAAAGAGCCGAGGCUGAGAAAACAAAAGGAGAGUACACUCCUAAGGCGAUAGCUUUACUAGACCAGCAGAUUGAUUUGGCAAAGAAUUGUAGACCUUUGAGCUGCGGAUUGGGGAAUUAUGAGGUUGGCUACUUUAACUACAAAACUAAUAUGCGAAUUGAAGGUUUUGUGGUGCAGAUGCGAGGUGAGAUCAAAUGCAGUUGUAGAAUGUAUAUGGUCAGUGGGAUCCCAUGUAGCCACAUUGUUUCUUGUCUUAGACAUGAGAAGAAUACUGACCAAGAUCCUAAGAAGAUGAUUUCUCCAUGGUUCACUGCUCAGAAGUUGCAGACUUGUUAUGCUGAUGGACUUUGUGGUGUGAAUGGAAUGAAUCUAUGGGAGGUGACUACAACAGUCAGGGUCUUGCCACCUCCUUACAAGAGGCCUGGUGGAAGACCUCCAGGGAAGAAGAGAAAGAGGGAGAAGGGUGAACCAAGGGAAGGAGGAACCAAGCUUUCUAAAAGAGGAACAAAAAUUCAUUGUAGCUUGUGUGGAGAAGAAGGCCACAACAAGCUGAAAUGCAAGAAUGGACCAAUGCCUAAGCCGCCAAAGAAACCACCAGGUAGACCAAGAAAGACAGCUACUGCAAAAACACCAUUUGCAUCAACCUCUACUGCCCAAGAAGAUCUUCCAAGCCUUUCAGCUGCUCACCCAAAAAAACGUCCAAGAAGAUCUCGGAUAAGUCAGCCUUAUGGUACAUCAUCAUCACAACCAACUGCUGACACACCAUUUGAAUCGGCCUCAACUACUGAACUUGGUUUAGAAAGGCCAGCCCAAGAAGAUCUUCCAAGCCUUUCAUCUGCUCUCCCAAAAAGACGUCCAGGAAGGCCUCGGAAAAGUCAGCAUGAUGAUGCAUCAUCUUCACAACCAACUCCUAAGAGACUUCCUAUGUAUGACACAGGGCCCAUGUAUCUACCAAUAGAAGGUUAUGGUGUAUUCACCAGUCCUGUAACUGGUGACGACUAUAUUCAGGUAGGGAGGUCUAUAACUGAUGCACGAGACAACACCAUACUACCAAGCAGUCUGUAUCAAGCUAGAGAACGCAAGAAAAUGGAGGUUUCACGUGGACGUGGAAAGAAGAAAUAA